AUGACUCACCCCCAGCCACAGCAGGCGCCGCCUCCGCGUAUGCGCCCACAUCCCCCUCCUCCUACCUUACGGCCUACCAGCACGCUUUCCUCCUGCCACCCCGAGUCCAAGCUUGACGGUAAGGAACCUCGCAAGCCCCGCGGUCGCCGCCGGGGCCGUCGUGCUGGCAUCGGAAACAAGCCCAAGCGUCCCCUGGUCGAAACGCCACCUUCCUCGGGCACCAAGUCCUCCAAAGACACGCCGCACUGUGACAACCUCGGUACAUCGCGUUCGUCAUCGCCAUCGUUGCACGCGCCUGAUGAAUUCUCGUCUCUCCCGAACAGCCGCGACAUUCCUCGCACACGUCACGAGGCGGUGUUUGUUCACCUCGAGCGCCUCGAGCACCUUGAAGGCCUACGGGCCGCCAAGGCCAUAACCUCUCCUGAAGUCCCACUUCUCACACCUCCGCAAACUGCGGCUACUUGCAAUGGUAUGAACGCCCACUUUGCAUCCCCUGGAUCUAACGCAGAAGCCAGCUGGCCGUCUGCCUCUCGUUCCAACGAGUGGCCCACUACUCCGACGCUCUCGCCAUCUUUUGGUCGUCCCUCGCGUCGCCCUGCAUACAUUGGAUCACACCUGCCAAUCCCCACGGUCAACCUCCCCGAGACCAAGCCUUUUUCCCUCGCAAAGCCUGAUUUCGGUGAGAUCGAGCGCAGUCUUCCGGAGGCAUACAACACCGACUACCCCCACCCCUUGACUGUCUACGCCUCUCCUGGUGUCAAUCCCGCCACCGUCGUCGCUUCGGGCUAUGCUCCCUUUCUUCGGGAGCUUCUGGAGACCAACCCCCGCGCUGCCAUGGGAGGCAUCCUCGCGGACUGUGGCAACGAGCACAUGACGGCCCCUGCUCUCCUUCUCACUCAAGGCGGCAAGGAUGGCUGCGGAAUUCCAGAACAGCUGUGGCUUCAGCUAUCGAGCUGUGCUGGCGUCAAAGUCCCCAUCGGCGCGGUGCUGCCGGCAGUCAUGGCUGGGCGUGGUGUCAGCCCCCGUUUUCUCCAGGUGACGAGCUCCGACUCGUCCCCUUGCACAGACCACUGCGAUAUUAUUCCGCCCCCCUCACGCGGCGUGGGCACCACCUCCGACAACCUCGAGUCGCCACUGUACUCCAUUUUCGCAAAGGCUCAGCGUAUCGCCCUUUCGCGCCCGCAGACAGAGAACCCAUUUACUCCCGAGGAGCGCGAGACAAGCAAGAUAUCCGAGGUCCUUGCUAAACGUCGAGACUCUUUGCCAGACCUCCGUGAGGGGGCCAAGCGGAAAAUUGAUGUGUUUUCCGCCGCGGUCGACGAACAUUAUCAGCUCUACCCGCUUGUCAGUCCGCGGCGCCUUGAACAGUGCAUGGCAGAUUCGGGCCAAUCGGGCCAACCUUGUGCGAACUCUCGCCCCGUGUCUGCAAACCUCUCCGCUUCUUCCGCGCCCGGUGCCACCCACACUCGAACUCAGCUUCCCGAGUCACCUACCAAGGCCAGCCGCUUCCAGCUUUCGCAGUAUCGCCGCUUCUCGCUUGGUUUCGAUACUUUGUCCACUGUGGCAGAGUUGGACGACGACGCGCAUGGGUCUCCCCUCCUUGAGAACCGACCCAUCGAGCCCAUCGGAGCGGAGCGCCACUCCCGUGGCCAGCUCCCCAACAAGCCCGUCUUUCAGCACCGGUCCUCUCGUAUUGUGGGAGAUAGCCACAAGCCCAACCCUUGCACCCCUGACCGUAAUGGCUCGAUUGGCAGAGCGAGUUCUCUGGUCUCCCCGGCAGAGAGCGUUUUUCCCGCGACACCGCUCAGUACAGGCGAUGUCUUCGGCGACCUGCUUUACACCUCCAGCGGUAUUUCAGGUGGCACAUGCUACUCGUCUCGGGCAUCCUCCUCAGAUGACGAGUUCACGCUCUCAGCCAAGCUGCACCCAAAGUAUCUCAUUCGCGCCCAGCGUGUCAUUCACGGGUCGCCGCCUGUGUCUCGUGUCAGCUCUCCCACGGAGUCCAAGGCCAGCCGCGCGAGGCUCGACCCCCCUGUCCUCUCUACCACUCUUGACUUCUCCACCGGCAAGUCCAUCUGGGUGUAG